AUGCGGGCGGUGAACGUGCCACUCGAUUUUGGCUUCGCAAGGUCUGUGGAGGGCGGCGGCGGUGGCGGUGGCUAUGACGACCGCCGCGACGACCGCCGCCGCGACGACCGCCGUGACGACCGCCGCGACUAUGACCGCCGCGAUGACCGACGGGACGACCGGCGCGACGACCGGCGAGACGACCGUGGCGGAAAGGGCAAAGGCGGAAAGGGUGGCGGCGGCGAUCGCUUUGGUGGAGACAACCGUGGGGACGACAUCAGCAAUGGCGGCAACAAGCACUUGACAGCGCGCGAGUUGUUCAUGAGGCACGAGCGCGAGAAGCGCAGCAGCCGUCGCUCCUCUUCGUCCUCGCGCUCCCGAUCCCCCCCGAGGCACGACGGCACGAGGGGGACAUGGUCAAACAAGCGUCCAUGGACACAACAACCGGCUAUAUGA